AGACAUUUCUGCUGUGUGUUUGACCUGAGCGUGUCCCAAGGAACCCUAAUUACACACUGCAUCCCCUUGAUGCCAGGCACUGCACAAACAGUGGCCCUGUACAGUUCCCGCUGCCUUUCCCGCAGGCCCAAAGCAUCUCUUCACAUCCAUUUUGCUCAAUUUUUGUUUUAGCCAGCGCACCACACAACCUGGGUCACAAGCAACCAGUCCUGAGUAGUUGGUGCACAGCACGUUUGAAAGCAGUGCCAGCCGCCCCUGCUGCCAUCGCAAGGCUGAGGCAGCACCAUGGAUGCCUUCCAGGAGGUGUUUCAGAAGGUGGAGAAGAUCGGGGAGGGCACUUAUGGCGUUGUGUACAAGGCUCGCAACAAGCGCACGGGGCAGCUGGUGGCCCUCAAGAAGAUCCGCUUGGACUCGGAGACGGAGGGCGUCCCCAGCACUGCGAUCCGAGAAAUCUCACUGCUGAAGGAGCUGAAGCACCCCAACAUAGUCAGGCUUCUGGAUGUCAUACACAGCCAGAAGAAGCUCUAUCUGGUGUUUGAGUAUCUGAGUCAGGACCUGAAGAAAUACAUGGACUCAUCCAGAACUGGAGAGCUUCCUUUAAGCUUGGUCAAGAACUACCUUUUCCAGCUGCUGCAGGGUGUGAGCUUCUGCCACUCGCACAGAGUCAUCCACAGGGACUUGAAGCCACAGAACUUGCUCAUUAACGAAGCAGGAGCAAUCAAGCUGGCUGAUUUUGGACUGGCAAGAGCUUUCGGAGUCCCCCUGCGCACAUACACUCAUGAGGUGGUGACUCUGUGGUACCGAGCCCCUGAAAUACUGCUGGGAUGCAAAUACUACUCAACUGCUGUGGAUAUCUGGAGCAUCGGCUGCAUCUUUGCAGAAAUGGUGACCAGAAAGGCCCUGUUUCCAGGGGACUCUGAGAUCGAUCAGCUCUUCCAGAUCUUUCGCACCCUGGGCACUCCCACCGAAGCGACCUGGCCUGGGGUGACCCAGAUGCCUGACUACAAGGGGGACUUUCCCCGGUGGGCUAGGAAGGAGAUGAAGGAAAUUGUUCCCAACUUAGAUCGAGAUGGUAGAGACUUAUUGGUGCAAUUGCUCCUGUAUGAUCCCAGCAGGCGCAUCUCAGCCAAGGCAGCCCUCAAUCACAAGUACUUCUUCUGGAGAAGCCCUCGGAACCCUGAAGAGCAACGUGUGCUGCAGAGACACUGCAGAUGAGAAGACACAGCUCUCCUCGUGCACUUGCACCUCUGGGUAGCACUGCAGAUCUAAUUUUGGGGACUUAGCAAGGGGCUGGCUGGGACCCAGGUUCUCACUUCUCCUGAGGAGCCUGGAGGGGGACAUUCUUGCAUUUAGAGACUCUCAGCCUGUUGCUGGGGGAAAGUUUGUCUAGGUUACAGCCAGUAGAGCUGUUUUGAAGAGGUCAUGUGCAAAACGGUGGGGUGUAUUUAUCAGCAUAAAACGCUGAAAUGUAGAUAAGAGCGAGCAUCUUUCAGAAGGUUGUCCUUGCAUUAGUCAGCGAGCUGAAGUGACACACAGUGAUUGUCUCUCCAGCAUUGGAGCACCCCCAGUUCUGUCGAUGGCAGUUUCUGACACCAGGGUGUGCUGGAGCUCCACUUUAGGUAGGGGAGCGCUUCUCUGCUCAGCCCUUUGCUGCUGUUAUCAAAGAUUGGGCUUGUCAGCCCUAGACAACUUGUUUAAUCUGAGCUAUUUAACAGAGCUGACAUUCUGCUGUUUCACAAGCUGACGAGCACUAUCAGGUGUCUUAAUUUGUGCCUUAGGUGGGAUCAAGAAGCCAAAAGAUCCAGUCAGCAUAAAGCACUUGUUGCAUGUGGCUGGAAAAAGUAACAGCUAGAACACUGGCUUUCCAUCAUCAGUCCAGAUGUACUGCUAUUUCCUUUGCUUUAUUGUCCUGGAAAUGUUUUUGCUGUUCAAACGUUUGGAGUAUUCUCACUAAUUUUUGGUGUGGUUUUGACAUCUUCAUUUUUUUC